ACAUGCUCUGUGAAACUAAGCUGAUCAUCAAUGACCACUCCCAGGGAUUUGGCUGUCGUGAAAGGCAUAAAGGUUGAAGAAUCUAGUUGAACUGAAAGAUUGUGUUGAAUCUUAGGGUCAGACGAUAUGGCAAGCAGUCCCGUCUUUGCAAGGUUCAGCUGGAGAUGAUGAUCCUUCAUCCAGAUUUAGAUGUCACUCAGGCAUGCCGAGAUGUGGCCAGAAACCGUGGGAUCAUCAGGCUGAAACGAGUUGGAGUUGUGUGUCAUCUGCAUAGCAGUGCAGUGAGCAUGCUGGUGACAACAGGUUUGUCAGGCACAGACAGCGUUGAUUUGUCAUUAACACAACAAUCUCAUGACUGCAAUCAUUCACUUCUGCUGCUGGAGAUGGAGACGUGUGGAGCUCGAUUUAAAUCAUAUAUGGAUCAUGUGCUACCACAGGACAGAUGCAACCUCACCACCUUCAUAGGCGAGUAUCACGUCUUCUCCUCCUGCACCGAGAUAAACUCAGGACGCAUCGGAUGCUUUUGGCCCAAUCCGGUGGUGGAACAUUUUAUCAUCCACAUCCACAAACGCUUCUUCUCCAACUGCACGCUGGAGCAGCCCAUUCACGUGGACCCGCCGGACGACACGCUGGCUCUGCUCAUCCUCAUCCCUGUGUUCCUCACGCUGGCCAUGGUGGCGCUCGUCGUCUGGUGCAGUAAGAGAAGCGACAUUCUGGCAUAAAGACUGAAGAUUUCAUUCACUGACUGUAUAUCUGUAAAGGUUCAGCUGUCGUGUCCGUUCAUGAACCUGUAAAGCAAAUUAUCAAAUUGUCUACCCCUCAUCUUCUGCAUCAAAUGAAAUCCCUCCAGAAUCAUCGAGAUGUCUCAUAAGAAAACAAUCAAACCAGACCGGUCUGUGCCAGCUACUGUAUAGAUCUAUAUAAUCAGUUUUAAUGGGAGUCAGAUCAAAUGCAUCAGAUGAAAAAAGCAUUAAGCUUGAUGUUCAUUUCAUUGACACGCGACUGCUGAAUGUUUGAUCAUUAACACACAAGUGUGAAUAUUAUUAUCUUUCACAGCCGAUUCAUUGGACACUAAAGAUGAUUCACUCUUGUAUUGUACAGAUUUUAUUUAAUGUUUUAAUUAAAUGUC